AUGGAGCCUUUUACUGUCACACGACUUGCAUAUGAUGGAUUGAAUGUAGAUGUUAUGGAAGUAUCUACCAUCGCAGAAUACGAAGCUGGAUGCCAGGAGCAUUCUGGAAGUAGAUGUCUUGGUCAUCUCUGUAAAACACCUCAUGGCAACAUGUUACCUAUGCAAUCUCUUGCAGUCAGUACUGGAGUGAUCACCAAUGAUGUGUCUAAGGCCGCUAGAUUUGCAUUUGAGGGCCCAGGACAAUACUACUCCUCGAGAUCUAGAGAAGUCCUAUUGGAUUCAAUGAAGAAGAAGACCGGAAGGAUGAGAAAGGGUAUUCUCAAUUGUCAUGUUGAUGGGAGUCUGAGGAUGGUGAUCACACCACAGUUAGAUCUGGGAAAGGAAUGGGUAGCAGUCCCCAAAUACCUCCGCGACAAAUGGUCCGUAAUAUACUUCGAUGAGAGUUCUGGAAAGUACAAGUCUAGGAACAUCGAACAUGGAGACUAUGCUUUGGUUAUCAGGCCUCCUUCUCUAUCCAUCAGAUCUGUACAGCCUGUGCGAGUAACAUUCUGGAAUGAGACGUGCCUAGGGAUCUCUCCAUAUAUCCUCAAAGCAUUUGAUGGAGACUAUGAUGGUGAUGAGAUGCAUGUAUUUCCAGUAUAUUCUCAGGCAUCUGUCCAAGAGUGUAUGGAUUGGAUAAACACACCCAAUCCUAAAUUCGACAAGGCUAUGGACAUCUAUGCUAAAUCUAAGAUUCCAGACAAGGGCUCAUCUCAGUAUAGUUUCAUGGAUCACACGACAAUGUCAUUCGAAGAGAUUAGGUCUGGUGCUGAGCAACCAAUACUUGCAGAGGAGACUCGUACUACUUCAGAGCAUAUCGAAGGAUUCAGGAAGAGAUAUGAUACAGAGUCUGUCAAUAGAAGCUUUAUCUCUGAAUCUAUCAUAGGUAUGGCCGAUACAAAUGCACAGCAACUCUCUCAGCCUGUAGUGGGUGUCAUGUCCAGGAUUGCAAAAUUAGCAGCAUCAUGUGUUAUCCAUAAAGAUGAUGACUCAAUAUGCAUUGCUACCAGGACUGGCAUGGACUUUGUAUCUUCGAACUCUGUAGAACCUACUUCUAUCGAUACUACGCAACUUAUGUUGCAGUACAGACCGUAG